AAAUAAUAAAACCCUUGUUCUUCCUUUACUCCCUCCCCGAAGAGAGAACAGUAAACUAUCAACUCAAUUCCGCUGGUUAAACAAAAAUGUCUCUAGUAGCAAAUGAAGAUUUCCAGCACAUAUUGCGUGUGUUGAACACAAACGUUGAUGGAAAACAAAAGAUAAUGUUUGCAACGACCUCUAUCAAAGGUAUUGGUAGACGAUUUGCUAACAUUGUCUGUAAGAAAGCCGAUGUCGACAUGAACAAGAGGGCUGGUGAAUUAUCUGCUGCUGAGCUAGAGAAUCUCAUGACAAUUGUUGCUAAUCCACGCCAGUUCAAAAUCCCAGACUGGUUUUUGAAUAGGAAGAAGGAUUACAAGGAUGGAAGAUAUUCUCAGGUGGUGUCUAAUGCUUUGGAUAUGAAACUCAGGGAUGAUUUAGAGCGCUUGAAAAAGAUCAGAAACCAUCAUGGUUUGAGGCACUAUUGGGGUCUUCGUGUGCGUGGUCAGCAUACCAAGACAACUGGUCGCCGAGGAAAGACUGUUGGUGUCUCCAAGAAACGUUGAGUUUGUUCUUUUUUUUUUCCUUUUCUUUUUGAACUAAAAAUCCAAGGGUAUUGUUCUUUUUUGUUCUGGGGCCGAAGAUCUUUUGGUAGGUUCAUGCUAUUUUGUUUUGGUUGGCAUCAACUGAACCUUUUCUAAAUAGUGCCCUGUAACUGUUAGUUUGUUUGGAUGAUGGAUAGUGUCAUAUCUAACGAAACUUCAUUCCUUUUACUGAAGGCUAUUAGUUCUAUCUAUUCUAUUUCUGAUA